CUUUCCACAGGAGUCGGGCCACUCCAUUCGCUGCCAGCCGAGCCCCUUCACUGCGCGACCCUCUCCAAAUGCCCUCCUUGACAAGACUGUCGUCUACUUCCACGUCCCCUGCAGUCUGAUAGUUGAAACCUGCAUCUGCAGGACCAUACCUUCUCAAUAUUUGCGAUGCCCAAAGUGGGCCUUUCCAGAUAACAUGCUCGGUCAAAAUCGCAUGAUCGAUGUUGAACGAAGCGCCGCUGAGGCUGCCAAAACUGCUGACGCUGGAAUCCUUAGGUCUAAACAAGAAGACAGUGCUCCAGAGCCGCAUUGAGCAAACACUAAUAGCGCCUAUGAGAUCUUCCAAGUCCUCUAGCGCGAGAUCCUGUUUUAGGAAAUGGACGAAUCUUUCCGAAAACUGCUUUGAGAAAGAAUGCCCGGCGUCAGGGGCAGGGGCGAGCAAAUCUGCCAUUGUCGAAUACGCAACCCCUAGAGACGAGUUCAGCACCUGGCUGAAGAUUGCAAAUAGCACGAAAGGCUCUCGCUUGCCAGGUCGCAAGUUUGGCGCCGCGGCCUGGACGGGGUGUCCGAUUGCCCUGUCCAAAUCCGCGGCAAGGAGUCUGGUCAUGCGCAGAAGAUUGCCAAAGGCCAUGACAUGGACGAUGUCCGGCUGCCGGAUCCCAGAUGUGGAUUUAUCACCUGCCCUCUGCGAGAGGUACAGAUCCCGUACUCGCGCACUGAUGCCAUAUCCGAAGCACAGAUCAUCGAGCAGUAGAUGGGUUUGGCGGUCCGCUAACGCCAAAGCACGCGAAUUGCUCAACCUGAGGUUUGGAAGGUCUCCGUUGAGGUUGGCAUACCGCACAAUCUGCGCCACGAUCUCGGUGGGCAGUUCGGAGAGGGAAAGCAUCCUGAAUGAAAAUGGGACGAGGCCUGUGAGUACAGAUGAGUGUGUCUACGAGUAGGUUCUGGCAUUUAUAUGUAGUGUCACUAGCAGAUUGUCCUCGUUGCAUACUCCAUUGGAAAUGAGCUGAUUAGUGGCGG